GAUUAUUAUUUAUAAAAUUAUGUCAUUUAUUCUAUCUUGUACCAGUUUUUGUGCGUAUUGUUGUUUUUUGAGGAUUUAAAUUUAUAAAAUGACUAAAUAUCAAACCGACAUGUUGCCAUGUCAUCAUUUUCACCCGGACAAUGUUUUUAAUCGGUUUGAAAUGAUCGAGGUGCCUACUUCUUUUGUAGAGUUAUCGACAUCGAUCGAUCUGGACGUAGGGAUAGAUCUCAAUACAUCUGCCUACUUUAAAACGACCUGCAACGGUUUACUGAUGAAGUUUGAGGAUGCUCGCGACGUGUCUCCGUCACAUCGAGCCUACAAGAUCGAGCAAAUUAAUAAUGGCGUCGUCAAAAUAAUUUUUAAUCCCGGUAACGAAUGCAUUACCAAAGCAAAGCACGAUAAAAAGGGAAAUCAAUUCGUAUUUGACCUCCGCUUGAUACGUGUAGAUGGUACUCGAUGCUGUAAUAAAGAAUUUCACUCUGAAAUAGGACGUUACUACAUUUGCGGUCACUAUGAAUAUUGUGAUAUAGCGCACUAUCCUGAUGUGGUUGAUUUUGGAGAUGUGGUCAUGAAUACCGCAGUGACCAGGCAUGUACGAAUUAGAAACAACUCAAACGUGAUAGCAGCGAAAUUUUAUUUCAUAAAGGCCCCAGGUUUCUUCGUCACUCCGGCUAGUUUUACAAUAGCUCCGAAUGCUUGUAAAUGCAUCACUAUUUCUAUAAAGCCCGUCUGUUUUCAAUUUAAACACUGUUGUACUUUCAAGAUAAAAAAUCCCGACGAUGAGUUCAUUGAAUCGUCUAUAGAUGAAAACUCUUUGACAUAUGAUAUUAAUGUAAAGUUAAAUGUGAUACCUUAUAAAAAACAAAAGAUAUCAAUUGUAGAAUCAUUGCACACACUAAUUGAACCUGAAACUAAAUACACUUACGUGGGUGAAGAGAUAGAGAAGCAUUUAAAACAAAAAGCUAAGGCUAUGGAGUUGUUGCAGCUAUCCAAGGCGUCGAAAAGAAUAGUUCCCACAAAAGAAAAGUUUUGUACUGGCACUGUUAGAUGUUAUUCGGAAGAAUCGGUAAAAAUAAACCUAACACAAAACAACAAAUACAAUUUUUGUAAAAGACCCCCAAAACAGGUCAACACAUAUGACGUUUUUAAUGUUUUUAUUUUGCCCUUCUCCAUUGAUUUUGGAAGAGUUGGUGUAGAUACCUAUGGUGAGGAUAAUAUAACCAUAAUAAAUAAUACAGAUUACGAGAUCACUAUAAAUUUAUGUAAGGAUGAUUACAUCCUUUAUACAGAAGACAAAGUUCGAAACUUAAAGCUCAAACUCGUGCCAUUUACAGAAGCAAGGGUAAAGGUUCUUCGACGAGGUUUUGUGGAAGGCUUAGUGAAACAAACAUUUGAUUACACGAUAGAUAACAAAUAUCAUCGCAAACAUCCAUAUAAACUUCAAGUGGGAACUCCGACGGUGUUGGUGCAAGACAAAUUUUUAAAGUUCGGAAUGGUCACCAAUGAAAGUUUUAUUAUUUCUGUACCAUUAAAAAUAUCCAAUUAUUUUAAUGUUCCUGUAACAAUUCACUGGGAAGGUAUAACUUCCGACACUCCUUUUGAAAUAAUACCAAAAAGAAGUUUAAUCCCAAGUCGCACUUCAAAGAUGUCUGACGUCAUUUACGCUUGCAAACUUACAAAAUCAAAAGUACACGAAGUAGAGUUAUUUUCAAAUGAUAAAAAAGUGAUUCCGGUUGAAUUAAGUGUGAUUACAAGAAAACUAUCUAUUAAGUUUUUACAACCAACUGUGCAGUUUAAAGAUAUUGCUCUCAACUUAGAAACAGUUGAAAGAGUUAAACUAGAAAAUUCCUCUAGAGAAGUUGCUGUAUUUUAUGUAAUUGAACCUCUAAUCCCUGGACUCAAGAUAGAACCAAUGAGUGGAGCAAUACGACCUAAGAUGAUAAUUACUUUUGAAAUCAUAGUUCAAAUACCCUGUGUCUUGGAAUUUGCAUUUGAUAUUUAUGUUAAAAUAAACAAUAAAGAAAAUUUGAUUUUGCCUGUAAGUGGGAACGUCUUGGAGCCAAAAAUACUAAUCUCUCCGAAAAAUAUUUACAUGGCUCGAAUACCAUGUAAUAUGGUAACGUAUGUACCAGUCACUUUUCAAAACCUCAGUACGUUACGAAGUGUUAUAGAAGUUAUAGAUACAGGUGAUGACAAUAUUUUCAACGUAUAUAUAGCUGUAGGAUAUGAAAAACAAAGAAUUUUUAAAUUUUGCGUUGAGGCUGGUCAGUCCAGGACUGUGUUUAUAAGAGUCUAUGAUGUUUUUCGCCGGGAAUAUGAGAUGUAUAUUCCCUUUAAAAUAAAUGAAUUACUUGGCCCUCCAGAUCAUAGAUCUUCAAGUACAGAACUUCGACAUUACAUUGGGGAACACGAAGAGCAAUAUAAAAAUAACUCCAAAGUGAAACUAAAGAGCUUGAACAAAGAUAUAAGUUUUUGUCGAAUAAUUGGGGUAAUAACUGUACCCUGGAUACAAAUAUCUGUUGAUGAAUUCGAAAUGGACUAUAGACCCAACGGAAAUAAUAUCAUGGAGUUUACUAUUACAAACAUUUCUAAAUAUUAUUUGUAUGUAGCAAUCUUAACGUCUAAACUGGUGCCUAAUUUCAGUUUGAACUUACAAAAGGCAGACAAUUCUAUAAUAACCGACACUCACAUAAAAUUUGAAUUAGACCGAGGAAGGGAUGCACAAUUGUCUGUAAAAUUUCAUCCCAAAGGACGUGGUAAACAUGUGGCAACCGCAUUUCUGUAUUUAGAUAAACAAAUGACGAUACCAUAUUACAAUCUUACCUUCAUAGGGAGAAAGCAAACUCCGAUCAUGACACCAAGCACUUAUAGAAUAAUAUUUCCACCUUGCCAAGUACGGACUAGUAUUCGACGGACAUUUACUGUGAUUUUAGAAGAAGAGUCGACGUUAGAUCGGUUUUAUUUUGUAUCAAAAGAAGAGAGUAUUGUAACAACAAACUUUAUUUCAUGUGAAAUAAUUAACAAUUCCCAAAAAAAUCACACAGUUGUCACAGUCGAAGUUAUAAUUUUUAGUGAAAAUCAAUCUUUCAAGAAUGUCAUACUGAGUUUUUGCCAUGAAUGCGGGUCGGGCUGUGACAUUGAACUCAGUUUUUGCUUUACAUAUUGUCCUCUAACACUACACUCUAACUUUUUGGUACAUCCAGAAGAUCAUCCAUAUCCAUAUUUUCCUUUGGAUACACAACGAGAUCUUUAUGAGUACAUGAACACCUGCGUAGAUUUUCUCGAGAAGUGGAUGUUUCAACAAGGAUUUCGUAGAGAUCUGUAUCCCGUGAUACCUGAUACAUUUCAUGCUAUAUCAUCAUCACUUACUGGCGCUGGCGCUGGCGGUGGUACAAAAACAAAAGGAAUUAAUGUCUCAUUCCUAAAUUUUAUCAGAAGGGCUGCCGGUCCCUUAAUGAAACAUAUACAUAAGGUGUCAGGAUCUGGCGUAGAUGAAUCUUUCAGAAGCGUUAAAGAGAUACAUGACACGUACAAAGAAGUAAUUAAUUUGUUGAAAUAUCGAGGCGUGGAAUUAUGGGGGUUACAAGCAAAGUUUUUGCUUAGUUACGAACAGUUCAGCUUAUACUGUGAAUAUGUUGCUCCAACAUGCAACGCUGACAUUAUAUUGACUCAAGAGCUACUAGCUGAUAUCAGUCUAUUUAGAAGAUUGAGUAAACAAAGUUGGGUCGACUUCGUUUUGCAGAGCUACAAAGCUUUCAUUAUGGACAGUUGUUUUUUUGAGUGCGUGUGCGUAACUUCCCAACCUCGAAACGUGGUUGACAUCUUGAUAGGUUGGUAUAACGAACAAAUCCGAAAUCGACAUAUCAAUUUACGUGGUAAAGAUAAACCAGUAAAAUUGAUUACUAAUAUAACCUCAGACUUAUCCGACGGCAUUGCUGUUAUAUCGGCAAUAAUGAAUUAUUGCUCGUUUUUGAAAGAUUAUUUUGCCAUAUUUUCUGAAGUUAAUGGAGAAGAACAAGAAAGUGACAUCAUUAAUAAUGCCUGUUUAAUUAUGGAGACACUUAACCAACUCAAAAUAAAUUUUCCUAUUACCAGUAAAGACUUUCUAAGGCCAAAUUUCUUGCAGAUGCUCUUUUUUUCUGUUCAUUUAUUUGUUGCUUUGCCUAUGUUUAUACCAAAAGGUUACGUUCAGUUUAAUCCUCCGAUAUUGAGGACUUCAACUAGACAAGUGGCAAUAAGUACUACAACGCAAGAAUCUUUAAUUCUAAAUUGUAGCAUACUAAACAACAACAAAAAUAACUUUGCCGUUGAAAAAGCAGCUGCUGGAGAUAAUAGCAAGAAAUUGUAUGUAUCCAUAAAAUACACAGCAAAUUUCGUCGAGGAAGAGAAUGCUAUUCUCCUUGUACAUGGUUACAAUAAGACGAGAAUUUUUGAUACCUAUAUCAUAUUUACGCUCCAUGGGCUAAUAGGUGCAUUAAUUCCUCACAGAAAAUGUAGAGUUACCGGGCCCCUGUAUCGGCCUAACAAAGUUGACGUUCUAGUCGGUUCACCAUUUUUUUCUGCUGAUACUUAUACAUUGUAUAUAACUGAUACGGAACCUACAAUUCCGGUCAAGUUUGAAGAGAGUACGAUACCAAAGUUUUAUGUACAACGGUUGUGUCUUAUUGAUAAAGAAAUGUAUUUGCCGGGGUUGCCAAAAGAAAGUGGUCAAGAGGUUCCAGAACAUAAGCUAUAUAUGCAAAUAAUUUGUUUAAGCGUUCAAAUAGGCAAUAGCUGGAUUUGGUUCAGAGGUGAACUAGGCGAUUUCUUUAUAAAAGUGACAACCCAGCCUCGCUGGGACUCGCCAUUAGACACGAUACAAGCCAGCUACAGCUGGCCUGCGGACUCCUGUGGCUCCGGCCGCUGUGGUGAAUCGUGUGAAUGUUACCGAACCACGACACUUAUGAUUCCACAUCGUAAUGAGCUGAUGGUUAAGGCCUUACGAUAUGCUUUAGUUGAACAUGCGUCGCCUGUAAUGAUGAACUUAUUUGAUAAUCUUAUUGAUUCAUCUACGGGAAAAAUGAUCUUGGAAAUGUUACUAGCCGAUGAUGGAACGAAUAUGUCGGAUGUGCGUCAUAUUCUUCAGAACGAAAUUGGUUACAACAUAUCGUCGCGCGCACUGAGUCCCCGGAAAGAUUAUGUGAGACUGGCCCACCAUACAUCGGCUAUACUUGCUUUGCCAGUCAGCGUACCAGAGGAAUCUGAAAAGAAUGAAAAGCAUAAUGUUAUCCUCACAUCAGAUUGUGGAAUGGACAUACGCACUUACAGAAUAAUUUUUAUUAAUAACAGCCAAAGUAGAGACGAGAUGUAAAU